AUGGGCAACUCUACACUCCUGGUGUGUAGCCUGGUAGACCACUGGAUGGACCUGGCCACUACUCUCAACUACAUAGACUUCGUGGUCACUCUGCUCAUCCCCUUCUGUCUGGUGCUCAACACCCUGAUCAGCAAGACAGUCAACUCUACACUCCUAGUGUGUAGUCUGGUAGACCACUGGAUGGACCUGGCCACUACACUCAACUACAUAGACUUCGUGGUCACUCUGCUCAUCCCCUUCUGUCUGAUCGUCGUGCUCAACACCCUGAUCAGCAAGACAGUCAACUCUACACUCCUAGUGUGUAGUCUGGUAGACCACUGGAUGGACCUGGCCACUACACUCAACUACAUAGACUUCGUGGUCACUCUGCUCAUCCCCUUCUGUCUGAUCGUCGUGCUCAACACCCUGAUCAGCAAGACAGUCAACUCUACACUCCUAGUGUGUAGUCUGGUAGACCACUGGAUGGACCUGGCCACUACACUCAACUACAUAGACUUCGUGGUCACUCUGCUCAUCCCCUUCUGUCUGGUGCUCAACACCCUGAUCAGCAAGACAGUCAACUCUACACUCCUAGUGUGUAGUCUGGUAGACCACUGGAUGGACCUGGCCACUACACUCAACUACAUAGACUUCGUGGUCACUCUGCUCAUCCCCUUCUGUCUGGUGCUCAACACCCUGAUCAGCAAGACAGUUUGA